CGCGGUCCACUGAUGAGGGAUUAAAUCCCAACUGAAGCAACAGGAGGACGUUUCCAGUUGUAACUGAAUUAAUUUAGAAAAAAAAUGUCACAGCUGUAUUACAAGAAAGCUGACAGUUCUUCGUACAGAGACCGCAUCCCCCUGCGGAUUGUACGGGCAGAAGCUGAGCUCUCUCCCAUGGAGAAAGCCUUCCUGGGGGCUGUUGAUAAAGGUGACUAUGCAAGUGUUAAACAAGCCCUGGAGGAGGCUGAGAUCUACUUCAGGAUUAAUAUCAACUGCAUUGAUCCCCUUGGACGCACGGCCCUCCUUAUUGCCAUUGAAAACGAGAACUUGGAGAUCAUAGAACUGCUCCUAAGCUACAACAUUCAUGUGGGUGAUGCCCUGCUGCACGCCAUUCGUAAGGAAGUAGUGGGAGCUGUGGAGCUGCUUCUCAACCACAAGAGACCACGAGGAGAAAAACAGGUCCCCCCGCUUCGAUUGGACAGACAGUUUUCCGACUUCACCCCAGAUAUUACUCCAAUCAUCCUUGCAGCUCACACCAAUAACUAUGAAAUCAUCAAACUUCUCCUCCAGCGAGGUGUCUCCGUGCCGCAGCCACACGCGGUGCGAUGCAACUGCGUGGAGUGCAUGUCCAGUCCAGAUGUGGAUAGCCUGCGUCUCUCCCGCUCGCGCCUCAACAUCUACAAGGCCCUCGCCAGCCCAUCUCUCAUUGCCCUCUCUAGUGAAGAUCCAUUCCUCACUGCCUUUCAGCUCAGCUGGGAGCUGAAGGAGCUCAGCGCAAUGGAGAAUGAGUUCAAGUCAGAGUACGAGGAGCUUUCUCAAAUGUGUAAGCAGUUCGCAAAGGACCUGUUGGACCAAACUCGAAGCUCUAAAGAAUUGCAAAUAAUCCUCAACUACCGUGAUGACAUCGACCCUCUGAUGGAUGAGAACAUCAAUGAUCUGGCCCGGCUGAAGCUGGCUAUCAAAUAUUGCCAGAAAGAAUUUGUUGCUCAGCCCAACUGCCAGCAGCUCCUUGCGUCUCGGUGGUAUGAUGAAUUCCCAGGUUGGAGGAGGCGUCACUGGGCAGUAAAGUUCAUCACCUGCAUCUUCAUUGGCCUCCUCUUUCCACUGUUAUCCAUCCUCUACUUGAUUUCUCCAAAAAGCCGCUAUGGCUUGUUCAUCCGAAAGCCGUUCAUCAAGUUCAUCUGCCACACUGCUUCCUACCUGACCUUCCUCUUCCUGCUCUUCUUGGCCUCGCAGCACAUUAACACACAGAAUCCAGGUUACCUGGCUGCAAAUUGUCAGGGCCCGGCACCAACUAUUGUGGAAUGGAUCAUCCUGCCCUGGGUGAUUGGUUUUAUAUGGACUGAGAUUAAACAAAUGUGGGAUAGUGGUUUUAAGGACUACAUGGACGACUGGUGGAACAUAAUGGACUUCAUAAUGAAUUCAUUGUACAUUGCAACCAUUUCUCUGAAGAUUGUUGCAUUCAUCAAGUUCCGUGGGUACAAAUCCAGAGAUGAUUGGGAAAUGUGGCACCCUACCUUGAUGGCAGAAGCCUUGUUUGCCAUCGCAAACAUCUUCAGCUCCUUACGCCUCAUCAGUCUUUUCACUGCCAACUCCCACUUGGGCCCUUUACAGAUUUCGCUGGGUCGUAUGCUUUUGGAUAUCCUCAAGUUCCUCUUCAUCUACUGCUUAGUCCUGCUGGCCUUUGCCAACGGCAUCAAUCAGCUCUAUUAUUAUUAUUAUGAACCAGAGGGUGUGAAGAAUUGCACGGGGAUUCGUUGUCAAACACAGAACAAUGCCUUUACAACGUUGUUUGAAACCUUGCAGUCAUUGUUCUGGUCUGUGUUUGGACUGAUUAACCUGUAUGUGACCAAUGUGAAGCCAAACCAUGAAUUCACAGAGUUCGUGGGCACCACUAUGUUCGGCACCUACAAUAUCAUCUCGUUGGUGGUGCUUUUGAACAUGCUUAUUGCAAUGAUGAACAACUCCUACCAGCACAUUGCUGAUCAUGCAGACAUUGAAUGGAAAUUUGCAAGAACAAAACUAUGGAUGAGCUAUUUUGAAGAAGGGGGAACCUUAUCUUCUCCAUUCAACAUAAUCCCCAGUCCAAAGUCAGUUUUUUAUCUAUGUAGAUGGAUAAAAAGCUUUUUGAUUAGGAGGCCAAGCAAAAAAAGACUUGACACAUUUGAGACUUUGGGGUUCCGUGCAGCUGAGAAUGUCCGAUUAAAACAUGAGUAUCAGGAGGUUUUAAAGAAUCUUGUGAAGCGCUAUGUGGCCGCAAUGAUCCGAGAUGCCAAAACUGAAGAAGGAUUGACAGAAGAAAACUUCAAGGAGCUCAAGCAAGAUAUUUCCAGCUUCCGUUAUGAAGUUCUAGGAAUGAUGACUGGAAAUCCUCACUCUGCUGCCAAAAGUCGAGUUGCAAGCUUCUCGUUUGUUUAUCCUGGAAGCUCUUUCAAAUAUUCCACCAAAGUUUCAACUGAUGACGCUCAAAAAGAGGCAAACAUGCUCAGUGUGGUUGCCACCAUACUGCAAAGUGAUGCAAACAACACCACCGGUUCUGUGAGCUCAGAUAACCCAGCUGAUGGUUCAUUUGCUUCGAGUGCCACGGCAAAUGCUGAAAACAAUAUUUCUGAGGAGGUAGCAAGUGCAGGAUGUUCCCAGAGACAGAAGAAACACUCUUCCCUGAAGUUUGAUGAAACAUGCUCCUUGUUAAAGGAGGAUAUUUUAAAAUCUCAAAGCCCAAACCAAGAUCAGCUUCUGAGCGAAAAUGUAGAUGUAGAGGGUUCACAGAAAGUAAAGACAAGUGUUCAGGAAAUGUGGCAUACUGUCUCCUGUAAGGAAACAAAAAAUGGACCAAAGAAAAACAAAAGUAAAUCAGCAAGUGAGUAAAACGCUGACCUGUUUUUAUAUCAAAAUUUUAGGUCAUUUUAAAAUGCAUCCAGUCAUUUUAAAUCCUAAAUUGUUUAUUUGAAAUAAAUUUGGUCUUGAUAAUCAAAAACAUGCAUUUUUUUGAUCAUUUAUGACACAAUCAUAUUUUCAUAUUAGACUGACAUUAAGGUUUACACAUACAUUAUGCUCAGGGAAUUAUUAACAGGUUAUUUAUGUUUUACUUUUAAUAAAUUACUCCAAAAAUAUCAAACACCUGGAUGCCUUUCUCGUACUUCUGUGAUUAUUUAAAAAGACUAUAAAAUUGCUAUUAUUACUUCUGUCAAAACAAUCAUAUUGUAAAAAUUGUAUAAUGUAAAUAAUUAGCACUGAGAAUGAAAAUGCCAAUCACUGCUGGAGGUGAACUGAUAUUUAAUAUAGAUUUAUUGAAUGUGCAAUGCAGUGCUAUCCUGGCACUAUUAUUUAAAUGUUCAUGCUAAAACUGAAUUAAUAAACUUGGAGACACAGUAGGGUUUGUUGAAGGAUUUACUUCUGAACCAUAUGCUAGAUUAAACUCCAAGAUUUUUGAGAGCUAAUGUGUAUUUUAGAAUAUUUUAUACCUGUUGUAUCACUUGUUAAGCCGUGUAUUAAAACUACUCUGUAAUAAAACCAUGAAUAAAACAUA